AUGUCCAUCUCCUCGUUCGUGUCGAUGCUGCGCUAUGUCGCGGGCCAGAAUGAGCGCGACUUUGUGGAGCGAAUGCACAGCGUCGUCACCGUCAACAUUUUGAUCGCGUUCGCGGUGUUGAUUUCGUUCAAGGUGAGGAGAGGUUUUUGUCCAAAUUGCAACUUUGUUUAUAUAAAAUAUACGAAAAAUUCCUAGGUCGCGUUUUGCAGAAACAACCAAGAUUUUUGCUUAUUUUUUUCGCACAAAAAGGUAGCUAUUUCUAUUAGCUUUGCCAUGUCUUUUUCAGCAAUUUGGCGGCAGUCCAAUCGAAUGUCUCACACCGGACGUCUUCACCGAGCCCUGGGAAGAGUACACGGAGAUGUUCUGCUUCGCUCAAGAUACUUAUCAUGUCCCCAUUGACGAGAUCGUCGAUGCCAUGCCAAGAAUGGACAGAGAAGAAAGGCAGAUCAGUUAUUAUCAAUGGGUCCCAUUCUUCUUGAUCCUCCAAGCUGCUUGUUUCAGGAUCCCUUCAAUGAUCUGGAAAUAUGUGUCGGAUCAGUCGGGUAGGUAGACAAACCUGGAUUUUUUGAUUUUUUGCUGUAGAUCCAAAUGAAAGGCAUGUAAAAAAAUUUUUGAGUGGUUGCAAGCCGUAUAUAGACUCUUUUUCAACAAUUUUUUAGGAAAGCGUCAAAAAGUAUCAAAAAGUAUCCAUGAUACGUUUUGAUACUUUUUUGCUUUUUUUGGGCUGAAUUAAAAAAUUGUCAUUUUAUUUGUACCUUGACACUUCACAUAGCGUAAUUUACCUAUUUUCCAGGCCUAAAAGUCAAUGAGAUUCUGAACAUGGCUUUGGACGACAAUAAUGUGAAGCCCGAGAUCAAAGCCAACAAUAUCAAGGCGUUAUCCACUCAUCUUCAAGGCGCUUUGCACUUCCACCGUCGCCUACUCAAACGCCACAUUCAACCGCAUCGGGUCUUCUGCCUAUUCAAUUUACCCUAUUCAACUUGUUACGUCACUCUGAUGUUUUUGCUCACAAGAUUCCUCGACUUGGCCAAUGUUUUUAUUCAGCUGUAUGCUAUGAAUAUGUAAGCGGUUUUUGGGAUUAUUUGAUGUUUUUAUUCCUUGGCUAAUGAUGACAUUAGUUUAGGUUCCUCGAGACGAACAGAUAUCAAUUUUAUGGGAUCGAUGCCGUCAUGGAUGUGUUGAAUGGCCGGAAUUGGGAUAAGAGUGGGCUUUUCCCGAGAUCAACUCUUUGUGACUUCAAGGUAAAAAGGAUAAGGCACCAGUGGCGUAUUUUACAAAAGCUUUUUCUGAAUGAAGGCUUUUUAAGGGUUUUUUUUGUAAAUUUGGGCGUCAAGUAAGUUAAAAAAACCAAUUUUGAGCCGUUGCAAGCAAUAUGCGGGGGUUUUCUGACAAUUCUGGAAGAAAUGAUCAAAAAGUAUCAAAAAGUAUCCAUGAUACUUUUUGAGUUAUUUUGACUUUUUUGCUUACAGAGCGAAAUUUUGACCUCAUUUUUAGUCAAAUACUAUUUUUAUGCACGCCCAGUUCCUUUAUAGAUCCCUAAAUCAUCUUUAAGGUUAAACUUUACCCUCUCAAGCCAACAAUACACCGUAGAACCGCUUCUAAUUUCAGGUCCGUGUAAUGGGUAACAUCCAAGAGCACACCGUUCAAUGCGUUCUCCUCAUCAACUUGCUCAACGAAAAAGUUUUUGUCUUCCUUUGGUUCUGGUACCUCUUCCUGUUCCUUUUUACCUUUGCAUCCUUCAUGUUCUGGCUGUGGACUUUCGUCAUGCCCUGUGUGAAUCGCCAAUUCAUCUUCAAGCACCUGGAAAUGAGCGAGUUGCCCAGCGAUACCUACGAACAUUCGAGGCUGGUUCAUCGAUUCGUCAGGGACUACCUGAGGCUGGAUGGAGUGUUCGUCAUCAGAACGUUGGUCUUCCAAGCCGGAGUCAUCUUCGGCACGGAAUUGUUGGUCGAUGUUUAUAAGAGUUAUUUGGGGAUUGAGGAGAAGAUCAGAAGCAACUUCGAUCCACCGCCGCCAAGCUUUAUGAGUCUGGGUAGGGUUUGGGUUUUGAGAUAUUUUACUGGAACUUCUUUCAAAUGGAAACCAGAAACUUAUUGUUCACAGUAAAGUUCAAAUAUUAACUUCGAUAUAAACAACUCCGUAGAACAAAACCUGCUUUUGACACGCAUCUUCAGUCGUCUCAAGGGUCCCAUAUAGACCAAAAUAAACACCUUAUCAACAAAACGUUUUUGUAACGAAAACAAUUUUGUUCAAUUGCAAUUUCUUGACGAUCCACUGUGCUUACGUUACAGCAAUUGCUGCCAACUUGUCUAAACUUCAAAUUUCAGCCAUGGAAGACCAAUCCGAAUACGAGAAUCGUGCCAACUACGUACGACAACGUCGGAAGCCACGGCCAAACGACGACUAUUACGCGGAGACCCCUCUGGCUUUGGACUUUAACCGCGCUAAGCUCGAACCGGGCCUCCACUACACUGACAAUCGCAUUUAUCCCCCACCAAUGCCGGUGAGCCGCAAUUCCGGCCCGCCUUCGGUGCAGCCAUCCACUCAGCCGGCCGAUGGCGCCACGAGUCCGCCAGCCAACGUUUUGAAGGCGUUUGCUGAGAAUCAGAAGUUGUUAGACGACUUCCAACAGUACUUGGCCAAUAAUAGGGGACCUCGGCAGGAUGAUGAGAAGACUUUGACCAGAAGCAAUGUCCCGGAUUCACAAUCGCAGGCUUAG